CCGAUACCGGGUGCCGGGUUGUAGUACCUUAAACCAGGAAGUCGCUAGUUUCGUUUUCUAUUCAUGUUUAGCAUGGUUUAGUUUUGAUUUUGAAGAUUUACAAGACAACAUUAAUGGAAGUUACUGCUUUAUAAUAUUGCAUUUAGAAGAAUGGAUUCUGUCCCAGGCAAGACGGUUGCAAUGGCAAAAGCCUCGGCUUCUGACCACACGUACUGCCAGCCAUGCGCAGAAGAAGGAAAUAAAAUCUCUCCUGAUGCCUUUUGUCCCAUCUGCAAGGAGUUCCUGUGCUCCAACUGUGCUCGAGUACACAGAAACAUGAAGCUGACCAAGAGCCACGCUCUCCAAGACAAGAGCAGUAUGCCAUCAUCAUUCCACGGCGAAGAGAGUGAGGAGGAGAAUUAUAUAGAAAUCUGCCAACGCCAUGGUAAAGAGUUUAUAAAAUACUUCUGUCCCAACCAUGACGAACUCCUGUGUGGGGAUUGCGUAGUUGAGAAAAUGCAUCGCUCAUGUGAUAUUGACAAGAUUUCUCAAGUGGCAAAACGAUACAAGGAGGGCGCAGAAUACAACAAUCUGAAGACAGGACUUGACCAGAUGGUGAGAGAUAUCGGCGAGCUAUCUAACAACAUACUGGCUAGCACGAAAUCAGUUGACGAAGAAGGUCUUACCAAUAUCAACGAGCUUCGCAAGUUCAGAAAUGAAAUAAACUAAUACCUAGAUAAGAGGUAA